GGAAGAAAUUUUGUGUAACACCAACUGGCUUCCGGUCGUGAUUGUUGCGACUUAGCUAGCGGCGUUAGCAUAGUUAGCUGUUUAGGCAGGGAGAAGCGGACCGCUGGAAGUGUUAAAGGAACGUCUGGUUAUCCAAUGGACGAGGAGCCGGAGAGAGCGAAGCGCUGGGAAGGAGGCUAUGAGAGGACAUGGGAGGUGCUGAAGGAGGAUGAAUCCGGCUCGCUGAAAGCCACCGUGGAGGAGAUCCUGUACCAGUCCAAAAGGAAAAGGGUGAUUGACCGCCAUGGACAAGUGAGGCUUGGGAUGAUGCGUCACCUCUUCGUGGUGAUCGACAGCUCGCGCAGCAUGGAGGACCAGGACCUGAAACCAAGCCGCCUCACCUCCACCCUAAAGCUCAUGGAAGCAUUUGUUGAUGAAUAUUUUGACCAAAAUCCCAUCAGUCAGGUGGGAAUUAUCAUCACCAAGAACAAAAGGGCUGAGAAGCUGACGGACCUCGCAGGAAACCCGAAGAAGCACGUUGCUGCUCUGAAGAAAGCGGCGGACACUUCCUGUGUGGGAGAGCCGUCUCUCUACAACUCUCUCAGCCUCGCCAUGCAGACCCUCAAACACAUGCCAGGACACACAAGCAGAGAGAUUCUGAUCAUCCUAAGCAGUUUGACCACAUGUGACCCGGGCAACAUCUAUGAGCUCAUCAAGACCCUGAAGGCUCUGAAGGUCCGGGUCUCGGUCAUCGGCCUGUCAGCAGAGGUGCGGGUGUGCACAGUGUUGACCAGGGAGACGGGCGGCUCGUACCACGUCAUCCUGGACGAGAGCCACUUCAAGGAGUUGCUGAUGCUGCACGUCAAACCUCCUCCAGCCAGCUCCUCGUCAGAGUGCUCAUUAAUCCGAAUGGGUUUUCCUCAACACAUCGUUUCUUCUCUGACAGACCAGGAUGCCCAGCCAUCCUUCAGCAUGUCUCAUCUGGACAGCAGCGGGGGUCCAGGUCUGUCUCUGGGGGGCUACUUCUGUCCUCAGUGUCACGCUAAGUACACGGAGCUUCCUGUGGAGUGUAAAGUCUGCGGCUUGACUCUGGUGUCGGCCCCCCAUCUGGCCAGAUCUUUCCACCACCUCUUCCCCCUCCAGGCCUUCACAGAGAGACCAGUGGAGGACCUCAGAGGCGACAGGCUCUGUCGGGGUUGUCAAGGGGAGCUGAAGGAUAAAAGUAUGUUCACCUGUCCAUCGUGCCACAGCGUCUUCUGCGUGGAGUGUGAUCUCUUCAUCCACGAUUCGCUGCACUGCUGUCCCUGCUGCAUCCACAGUCGCAGCGUCCCCUGAAGCCGGGACGGAGACUGAGACCAGGUCGGGGUACUGAUACGGAGACCAUCAGGGAUCAUUUUCAUUCACACCUGAGGUGUUGAGAAGUGCAUCAGAACUGAAAACGAACCACUUCCUGUAAAUACAAGCAGCUUGUGUUGCUGCUGAAACACGACAGAAUUAAUAAAGUUUUACCUGGU